UGAAACGAAAUAAAUAGCGUAAGAAAUCGAAAACAAAGCAUCAGUUACUUCAAAACAAAUCUAAUAAACGGUUCAACUAAAAAGCUUAAUUUAAGAUUUUACAAUCUUGAAAACAUUAUUUAAACAUGAAAUUCUUUAUGGUGUUCGCUGUUACUUUCUGCUUGGCUUUGAGCUUUGUUAGCCAAUCCUUGGCCUUGCCUGCUGAUGAUGAGGCCCACUUUGUCGAUGGUUUGGAGGCUUUGAAAACAAUUGAACCGGAAUUACAUGGCCGCUAUAAGAGAGCUACUUGCGAUUUAUUGAGUGGUACUGGUGUUAAACAUUCAGCUUGUGCUGCCCACUGCUUGUUGAGAGGAAAUCGUGGCGGUUAUUGUAAUGGUAGAGCUAUUUGUGUGUGUCGUAAUUAAUUGAGAAAAUUUACAAUAAUUUGAAUAUAAAUAUGUAUAAGAUAAUAAAUUAUUAAAAAAUAAAAUAAGAUAUUAAACUAA